CAUAAUCCAGAUGCUCAGCGGUGAAAAUGAAAUGAAGGAAAGCGAUAUCUGUCUGUAGAGUAGAGAUAGAGAUGGGGAAGCUGGAUAAGAGUCUUGGCUUGGCAGAUGCGCAGCGCAGCGCAGCGGUCAGGAAAGCGAUAUCUCUCUCCACCAAAUCCCACAUCCACCAUUCUUCUGUUGCCCUGAUUGUUUUUCGUCGCCAUGGCCGCCCACGGCAAGCCCAAGCCCAAGCCCAAGCCGCCCGGUGCCCCCGCGCCGCCGCCGCCACCGCCACCAACGGCGGCAGAGGCGAAGAAGGGCUUCAUGCGCCGGAUGUUCCCCUUCCUCCUCGCCGUCAACGCCUUCGUCGGCGCCUACGUGCUCGUCAGGACCUACUACAAGGACGAGGACUCCCCACCCAAAACCGCCCACUCUGCUUCUGCUUCUGCUUCUGCAACUGCAACCGAGUCGACCCCGUCUCCCGCCGGCGACUCCCCGGACCCUGUCUCCGUCGCCGUCGCCGCCGUGCCCACCAAGCCGGUGCCGCUGCCGCCGAUCCCCGAGGACGACCAGCGCAGGGUCUACAAGUGGAUGCUGGAGGAGAAGCGCAAGGUGAAGCCGCGCGACGCCGCCGAGAAGAAGAGGCUCGACGACGAGAAGGCCCUGCUCAAGCACAUCAUCCGCGCCGACACCCUCCCGGUCUUCUGACUGCUCUACGAUAUAACUUUGUCUCUCUGCUAAGACAAUGGCUUUGAUUGGAUUUAGUUAGUUAGUUAGUCGAUUGUGUCGUGUGGUACCAUGUUAUCUUCCAAGUUAAAUCCUCCGAUGAUGCCGAGGGGGCCGUCCAUCUCGCGCCGUUUCAUUUACAUUGAUGUGGAUGCACACAUACUUGCUCUUGUUGCUUUUGUUGCUCUAUGCUUCUUCAACAUAAGGAUUUGGUUUGUCGCAA